AUGAGAUUUCAAUCCAUUCUUCUCCUCCUCGUUGUUUUGUUGGCUUCAGCCACCAUGAAUCAAGCUCUACCAAGAUGGACCCCCGUAAAGGACAUUACUAAUGCACACUAUCUCAAAAUGGUCCAUUUCGCAGUGAACGACUAUGACAAUAAAACAGGACAAACAUUGGAGUUUGAGAAACUUAUCAACGUUGAAGGCCAAUCUUACAACGACGGGACCAACUUCCGACUCACUCUUGCCGCCAAAAAUAGGUUACUUUCUCACAAGUAUGAAGCUGUUGUAUGGGAACCGGGAUUUGGGGGGGCAUGGGUCGUCACUUCCUUUCAACGUGCUUAA